AUGGAAGUAGAAGAAGUAUUAGUCAAUGAACAUUCUAUUGCAAUAACUGGACAUUUUGGAAUAGAAGCAACUUACAAUCGAAUUUCUCAAAAUUAUUAUUGGCCUAAAAUGCACCUAGACAUUGAAAAUUAUAUUAAAGCUUGUGAU